AUGCUGUGGCUGGUGCUUCUGACCUUCCCAUGCCUGGGGGGCUCCACACCUGUGACUCAAGAGCCUGCCCCAGGACCAGAGCUGGUGGGUAUCAUUGGGGGCUGCCCUGUCUCAGCCAGGAGGUUCCCUUGGCAGGUCAGCCUGAGGUUCUACAGCAGGAAGAGUCACCGGUGGGAACACAUGUGUGGCGGCUCCCACAUCCACCCUCAGUGGGUGCUGACCGCUGCCCACUGUGUGGAGCCGCAGGGAAUCCAGAGGGAGGCUUGCGCCUUCAAGGUCCAGGUCGGGCAGCUGAGGCUCUAUGAAGAGGACCGACUGACGAAGGUGGUCCAGAUCAUCCGUCACCCCAAGUACAACGAGAGUCUGUCUGUCCUGGGGGGCGGGGACAUUGCUCUGCUGAGACUGGAGGGUGCUGUGAAGUUGUCAGAGAGCGUCUACCCAGUCUCCCUCCCAGAUGCGUCCCUGACAGUCUCCUCGAAGAAGAUUUGCUGGGUGACCGGCUGGGGUGACAUCAGAGUGGGAGAGCCACUGCCCUGGCCCUUCCACUUGCAGGAGGUGAAGGUGAAGGUCAUGCGGAACAAGGACUGUGAUCACACCUAUCGCUUUGCCUUCCCUUCUAAACACAUCCACCAGUUCAUCAAGGAUGACAUGCUGUGUGCUGGAAGCUCAAACUAUGCACUCACUGAGUCCUGCUUCUCCCCACAGGGUGACUCCGGAGGCCCCCUGGUCUGCACCUGGGUCCAGGUGGGCGUGGUGAGCUGGGACAAUGUCUCCUCACCAUCCAACAUCCAGUGUGUCCACUCCUGGCUCCUGCUCCAGGUCACUGCUGCUCCCUUUAGCUUCAUUGCCUUCCUGUCCUUGAGGGACAGACAGGAGCGGCCCUGA